GGCGCAGGCGCAGAACAGCAGGUAGCACGUCCGAUAUUUCUACUUAAUAUUACAUAGAUUCCGGAAAGGGAAGUGACUACUUUGGAAAGUUAUCGAAGCAGAAAGUUUUCUUUCUCAGAAGUUAGCUAGCUAAACAAACAGAAGGAAAACAACAUGGGAACAACAGCAAGUCAAUUAAGGAAGGAUCUUCUCUCAGAAUAUCAGGAGCUGACAUUUCUUACAAAACAAGAAAUUCUGCUGGCACACAAGAGAUUCAGUGAACUCCUUUCCAAAGAGGACAGAAACCUCACCAGAGUGCCCAUGGAGAAAGUCCUUUCACUGACAGAACUCAAGUCCAACCCUUUCAGGAAAAGGAUUUGUCAUGUAUUCUCAACAUCUGAUAUGAAAGAUGGAAGUCUCACCUUUGAGGACUUCCUUGAUCUUUUGAGUGCCUUCAGUGAUUCAGCUACACUGGAAAUCAAGUCCCACUACGCAUUCCGCAUUUUUGACUUUGAUGACGAUGGCACUCUGGAUGGUGGGGACCUGGAGAAGCUGGUGAACUGUCUGACUGGUGAGACUGACGACACAAGGCUUACUCCUGAAGAGAUGAGGCAGCUCAUCAGCAAUAUUCUUGAAGAGUCAGAUAUAGACAAAGAUGGGACAGUGAAUUUGUCAGAGUUCCAACACGUCAUCUCGAGGUCGCCAGAUUUCGUCAGUUCUUUUAAGAUUGUGCUGUGAAGUCUACGAAUAACAGACACCAGGAUAUGGAUGCUUUGGAUUCUGUUCUAUUGACACUAAGAGGACCUCUUAUUUUAUCAUUGUAAUAACAAUAACUUUUAGAGAUUUUGCCUUAAAUUAUACGGCGUGGCUUUUCCCCCCGGACUAAAGGUCCCGAAUCUUCUGAACAUGUGCAGAUCACGUACUGCGCAUGUUUCUUUACCUCUACUUUACAUAUACAUUUUUGUGGUCACCUUCCCUUCACAGUUCUCAUUGACAAUCGUGAAUGAUAGAAAUAGUAAUGGCGCAUGCACCAACUCCACCGUUGGACAAAGCCUAAGGGGAAAUGAAUGGCGUUUUUGGAUAAAUGCCAAAAAUAAGGUUAGGUAAACACAAGCUUAGGAGAUGUUAUACAUUUUGUUCUGAGAUAAUUAAUCUUAAAUCAGCUAACAUCACUUUUUGUGAAUUUUGAAGAAAUUAUAUAAUUUUAAAAAGCACAUAGCACAAAUGCUUCAUAAUUCAUAAAGGUCAUGUUAACUGACUGCUAUUAUCUCAUGGAACAAAACAUAUAAGAUCUCCUAAGCC